CAAGGGCAGCGAGUUCACUUCCCAGGUCACAAAGCCCAUCCACCAUAAUGCUCCGCCGCCCCCGCCUCCUGCGUGACGUCUCCUCGCCGGCGGCGUCCUCUCUCCGGCGAGCCUUCCGCUCGGCGGCCUCCCUGGAAGCCAUCCUCUCACACUCCCACCCAUCCAAGACCUCCUCCUCCGAGGACCAGGAGGACGCCGCCCACCUAGCGCUCUACAACUACCCCACCUUCGCCGGCGCCUACUCCGCGCUCGCCGCUGACCUCUUCCACCGCCGCCUCCGCCGGCGCCUCCUCGUCCUCCCCUUUUCCUCCGUCGAGCCCUUCAGAGCGGAGGACUUCAAGGGUGCCGGGUUCCAAUCUUGCUAUCUUUUGGAUUUCGUCGGUCCGAGGAAUUUCGCGUUGGAGCUCUCUCGAUUCAUCCCCAGUAUUGUGGCAUUUGAUCACCGGCAAAGCACACUAGCAAGGAUCCCCCAGUUGGGUCGAUGCCCGACUAACCUUGACCUCCGCAUCGACACGUCAAAGAGCAGUGCCCGAGCUGCAUUCGAUUAUUUCUCCAAUAAGCUUACAUUGGAAAACCCCGAUUCCGAGACAUGUGAGAACCUGUUGAGCCAAGAAGAUGAGGAGCGGGUUUCAAAUGUUGUCAAAUAUGUAGAGGAUGCUGAUCUGCGGCAAUGGCAGCUGCCCGGUAGCAGAUCAUUUCAUACAGCUCUCAGGGAUGAGCGUGCAAAGUUAAAUUGUGUCAGUAAUCCUCAGGUUUUUGAGCAGCUAAUGCAACUUGAUGUUAGCGAUCUGCUUGCUAGAGGGAAUUUAUUAGCUCAAAAUCGUCUAGGGGCUGCAAGGAAGCUCAUACACAAUCCUUUCAAGAUUUAUCUCGGACGGGGGUUAUAUGGUGAAUGCCUUGCAAUCAGAGCCGACGGGGAUUCAAAGGUGAGCCAUGAAAUCGGUUUGGAGUUGAGCAAGAUGAGUGCUGGCGCCGGAUUAAGACCAAUUGGAGCAGUGGUCUUUAUGCAACGCGGACUGUUGAAGAUCUGCUUGAGGACUACAGACAAUACAACCAAUACAGCAGAGAUCGCCAAGGCACAUGGUGGGGGUGGAAAGCCGAGCUCAAGCUCUUUCGCACUAAGGAUGGACGAGUUCAGCGCCUGGACAAGAGAGAACACAUGAACCGGCCUUGGAAUGCUGGAAGGCAUAGUUGCAAGGAAGAUGUGAAAAAUGA